ACCCAAAGAAAGAGUCAGAAUGGCCUCUUAUACUCCAAUUUUUCUUGCUAUAAGCAUAGUUUUUUCUAUCAUAUAUUCGUCUCGUGGAAUUCCUGAUGCCACUGUUGCAGAAAUCUGCUCCACGACAAGACCAAGAGUCUUGUGAGGGUGUUUUAGAAGGCGAUCCGCGCACCAAAACAGCUACCCUUCCUCAGUUGUCUCUGAUAUCCAUUGAGUUAACAGGGACAGAGACCUAUCUAAACAUCAGACAUUUUUCAGAAUUUAAAACCGAUGAUCCCAAAUUGAAACAAGGUCUGAACGAGUGUGUUCCACUGUAUGGAGGGAUUAAGGAAAAUAUUUCCCAAGCUUUCCGGCGUUCUGAGGCUGGAGAUUUCAAAGACUCAGGGGAAUUGGUGCAUCGAUCAGUCAAAAAAACUGGCCGAAGAAUGCGCAGCUUAUAUUCCUCACUUGCUGGAACUUGCUGAGCCUGCAAGGGCCAUGGUCCUCCAGUGCGAUGCUUCAAUUGCUGUAAACCAAUACAUUGCUUCAGGGAAAAGAGUUUUUUAGCCUUCUUUAAUUUCAUUGUUUUUGUUAAGAAAUAGUAAAAAUAAUUAACUUUU